CUUCUUCUUCUUCUUCUUCUUCUUCUUUGGUCCAGUUUUGUCCCUCGCUUGCCCCCACAUCGUGCAGACCCGCGCCUGACGAUUGUCGUGGUUGUUGAAUAGUGAUGAGUUGGAUGCAUGCGUCGAGCGAUUUGAACGACGCUGUGCUUGUCCACGCAGCAGCAGCAGUUGCAGCAGCGUUUGGCAGGUCUGCUGAAGCCAACAACAACGACGACGCAGCAGCAACAACAGGCGCUCACGCAUCAUCAUCAUCAGCAGCAUCCUCUGAGGCAGUGUUCCUCAACCACACCCAGCAUGAGCAACAGCAACAUGAACAGCUGCAGCAGAUGGAUGCUCGUGCUUCACUCGAUCAGCAGCAGCAGCAGCAGCAGCGUCACGAGCAAGAAGAAGAAGAGCAGCUUGAACGACAGCACGAAGAGCAAGCGCUGCCACUCACUGCGCGGCCACUGCUGCCAGGCGCACUCUCAGCACUGCAGCAGCAACAACAACAGCAAUUGAUGCAAGGACAGACGCAACAGCAGCAGCAGGAGACUGCCGCUGACGACUUGCAAGCUCUCCAUCAACGCGAUCAGCUCGCACUGAACAGCGCAACGCACGCAGAGUCGGACGCGGCCGCUUCAGCGUGUGCUUUUGAUGCUGCUUCUUCUUCAGUUGCAGCGGGUGGAGCGGUGCUGGCAAUGGUCACCGACCAGCAGCUUCAACAUCCGCCGCCAGUCCUCCUCUCCACGCCGGAUCCCGCACACCAGCCGCCACCACCACCAGAUCCAGCAGCGGCAGCAGUGGCGUCUUCAACAGAGGCCGUUGUUGCUGCUGCGUUCAUGCCAUUCCUUCCUACGGAACUGACACAGACCCCGGAAGCGGAAGCGCUUCAUCAGGCGUCGCUCGCUGCCGCUGCCGCUGUCCCGGCUGCUGCUGUUGCUGCUGCUGCCUCCAACACGCCCAAGUCGAACGCUAGCACUGGUGCUGAUAUUGCGACUGAGAACGCUUCCUUAUUGGCUCCACAAUCAAUCCCUCCGCCGAAUGCAUCCAUUGUCAAUGCUGCUGCUGCUGCCACCGCUGUGCCAGAUGUCGGUCUAAUGACCCCAACGCCGCCUUCAGCAAUCGACUCGACCAAUGCCACAAUCGCAUCGCUGCCGUCUUCGGCACGGAGCAGCGCUCCAUCACUCCCGCAGGGCUUUCCAGCAUUCAUGCCAAACAUGCCAGGUUUCUUUUCGCCCCUCCCGUACUACCACUCGCCGCAACCCUUCCCGGCAACACCGGGCUUGUAUAUGCGGCCAAUGAUGCCCCCGUUUGGCUUUCCCCCUGGAAUGAUCCCUUCACAGAUGGCCGGCAACGCGACUCCGACCAAGGUUGGUGGCGAUGGCAGUGUCGCCGUCGUUGCCGCUGCCGCCGCCGCUGACUCGUCUUCGCUGCCGGAUCUCUCGCUCUCUCUAGAAAAGCCUGCUGCUGCUGCUAAUGGCAACAACAAUACUGGGACUGGGGCUGCGGCUGCUACGACCGGCCCAAGCGCUUUAGCUUCGAACGUUGCCGCCACCCGCGGAAUGAACAGCGCAGACCUCCUUUCCGCGUCGUCGUCUCUGGAUGGCUUGGCGUCCGGAGGUUUGGGAUUUUUCCCCCCGAUGCUGCAUCCGGCGUUCUUGAUGCAAGCUCCUCCGUCCCGUGGCGGUGACAUGGAUUCGCAAUCACAUCAACAACAGCAAUCUCAGCAACUGCAGCAACAGCAACUGCAGCAACAGCAACAGCAAUUCCAGCACCAGCUGCAGCUGCAACAACAGCUUCAGAUCCAACUGAUCCAGCAACACUUGCUCCAACAGCAACUCGUAGCGGCAACUGCUGCAGCCACAUCCUCGUCGGGCGACGGGAUCAAGAGUCCGCCUUCAGCUGACGACAUGAAAGCCGCGCUGGCUGCGGGCAAACAUCCACUGGCAGUGUCAGCCGACGCCAUGCGUGACGCGUGGAGUGCCGCCAACAAUGACCGCGACAGCGGUUCGCCUUCCCCCUUCAUGAUGCCGUUCGGCAUGUCACCUUUCGGCGGCAUGUACCCGUAUGGCAUGUUUGGACCUGGCAUGAUGCCACUCUUCCCCAUGUCUGCAGGCCCACGGCCCUCGAACAAUACCAACAACAACAACAGCAACAGCAACAGGCCUGUGGCACCCACUGCGGCCAUGGACCGCCCAUCUCGACCGAGCGACGUGCUGACCCCAACACCCACUCUGGACGCCGACAGUGUCCAUCCCUUCCCGCCUCUUGGGGAUGAAGACGAAGGCGAGUCGGACGCCAAGCAGCAGUCAUCUCGUGCGCCUGCGCGCCCCAGAACGUCCUCCGUGGUGUCGCGAAAAGCCGCCGUCACCAACAGCGCGCGAUUGCUGCUGCAGAAUGCCGCCAUGCCGCGUGGAGGAGGAGCCGCGGCAAGCCAGGCGCCAGCGCCUGGAGCAAACGGCCGUGUCACCGCCGUCAGCCGUCGACGUCCCACGAAAGAGCGGGAAACCGUCAAUCCAUACGCCCGACCCCGGUUGACCGUACCACCGCCCGCCGCACCCGUGCACAUGGACCCGUUUGCCAGCAGCUUGAGAAGUGAGGAGGGAGACGAAGUCAGUGCUGGAGGCUCGUCUCGUCGUAGCCCCCGAGCCAACGUCGCCCGAACACGUGUGCCCGCGUCGACACCCGCGCUUUUGUCGGCGCUGACCAAUGUGAAUCCUCGACGAGCGUCUUCCCUACCCACGUCCAUGUUCAACGGCAACACGCGCAACCAAGACUUUGCCAUCAACAGGCAAGGCUCCUCCGUCGAAGCACCCUUCCUGGCAGACGAAGAAGCGCCUGAGGAUGGACCCGAGAACGAGGACGACGAGGAGGAAGGAGACGAUUCUGCCGCGUUUGCAAAGGCCGGAAGGAGCCAGUCCCUUCGCCGUGUUGGCCCCAAAGUCCCUGACCGCCUUCCCCUCGACCUUGAGGUAUCCGUCCAGUCACUGAACGACGCAUACGCUGACAGUGGGCUUGCCCGUGAGGACUUGAUCCAAGUCUGCGAAAUUCUGCCGCUCUCUGGAUCGGCUCGGCCUCGCACUGCCCAAUCCCAGCCCACCUUCCACCGAAACGAUGGCGAUAAGGUCAUUUGCUUGGCGAGCGUUGUGCGGGAUGACACAACGCCCGCUUUUGAUCCCAACAACAUACGCUUGAGGCGGUUUUUGGCCGAGCACAAGUGGUCGAUGAAUACUUCGCUCGCGCAUGGAUUGACAAAGCUUGCCGCAAUGAGAAUGCGCGGCAUGGACAAUCUGCACAACGCGGCCUUCAAGUUUUCGGGCUCGACCUCGUCGUACUUUCGUCUCGUCGUUGACCAAAAAGGCACCAUUUACUGUCGCUACAAGUUCCACAGUAUUCCCCUCCGACUGCAGGCCUGCAUGUAUCACCGAUGCUUCCCCGAGGUCGGGACGGCGCCUCAGGUUCAUCCCAUUUUGAUUGUCUACACAUCGCAUCAGCCCAAGCACAUUCACGAAUGAGGCUGAUUCUGUUUUGUUGGUGUGGUUUUCGAGGGUGUGAUUGUUUUGUUUGAUUGUUUGUUUGUUUGAUUGUUUGCUUGCUUUUCUUGGUGAAUACAGCGUUGAAUACAGCGUACUGUGCUCUGAAGUUGAACUGCAAUCU